CCAACUUGUGCAGCAAUUUGCAAUUCACAUGGGCACGCGAUCAGAGGAUCAGAAAUUCAGUGCUGAAUCCUGCAAUGCCGCAGCGGUGGCUUGAAGUUGCAGUUCGGAUCCGCAACUCUUUGCAGAUUGUUCGAAUUAUGGGAAUGUGUGGUGUCAGAAGUGGUCGGAAGCCUGAUCCGCCAAUCUGGGGUCUGGCCAUACCGCCCUACCUAAAUUCUCAAAUGCAAGGAGAAGCAAGGUUGAAGGAGGGGUGAAGAUCUAUAUGUUCUUUGGCAAGGUUGCAAGCUGGGCAAAUGUGGGAUGCAGGACAAUCACCUUGGAGACUUUCCUGCAUUGGAAGAAGCAGAGUCGUUGUUGGUGCCUCAUUUUUCCGGAGAAACGGCGCCUGGGAAGAGCGGAUGACAAGGACUCGUGUGUGGUGACACUGAAGCUGCUCUACAACGGCAUCAUGACGAAGGGUUUGCUGUUCAAAACCCUUCUGUUCAUAGCGGAGAGCAGGGGGUCGACUCCAGACUCCGCCUUCUGCCGAAGCUUGCACUCCAGAUCGUCUAAGAGCGAGUCACCGAAGUCAGAAUGGUCCUCAGAAUCGGCAAGCAGCACUCCUCCCUGUAAGCACCGGAUGCCGCAGGCAUGUGCGUCUGCGGCCGGGACUCUGUGCGACGAUCUUUCUGCCCUGUCAAGCGGCAGCGAGUCAGACCAGGUAGAUGCAGACUCCUCUGAUGCUGGAGAGGGAAACCUGGCUAGGGGUUGGAGCGACAACACGGACUGCUCGCUCAGGCGAGACUGGGGAGAUGCUACCUUAGCACCAUGGCUGGGAAGUGAGAGUCCCUUGGCGGCUGAUCCUCCAUCCCAUGACGAGCGGGUGCAUAAGCGCUCCCUUGUCUCUUCGCCUCCCGCCAACGACGCAUGCCCUGUCUGCGUCCGCCCCAUGAGCUGCAUGGAGACCCUUUUCGCCCCCAGCUGCGGCUACCUCUGCCACCUGUCCUGUAUGCAGCGCACGCUUCGCAACAACCUCGACAACGAGCGCGGCAACCGGCCCCUUGAGAUCAACGCCAUGCGCUGCCCCAUCUGCUUUGCGCUGCACCCCCUCGCACACGGCGUCCAAUUCAGCGAUGUUCGGGGGCAGCGGUUCGUCCAAGUUACCCCCCCCCCCAUAAGGGAAGAUUUCGACGCCGGCAGCCCUAAGUUUCUCCCGGGGGAGCAGCGGAGGGUGCUUCAGCCCCAGAAAGCGGCACAUAUCCGGGGGUAUGCCAGCGAGGCUGACGGCCUUGUCACCCCCAAACGGAGCUCCGCAUCCUUCUCGCUCCAAGCCCUGCAGAACCUCCGCUCAAAGAGCUGCAACAGCAGCCCCUCUGCCGAACCCCAGUACAUGCAUAGGCCGGGGGCCCCUCAGGUCUACACUUCGUCCCCCCUCUCAAAGGGCUCAAGUUCGAUCCCCCCCCGCCCGAGGCUGCGGAGCCUCCAGUCGGCGCCGGCGCAGCUCUACUCUGCUCCACAAGGGAGCCCUGGGGGGUACGUGUUGCACGUUGGCACACCGACGGCCAACACGGAAAGUCGGUCGCCGGCAGAUCAGGUUUCAAAGCGGCUGGCCGACUUUUACCAGAUUACCACGCCCCCCCGCAGCACGGUGUCGAGGGUUGUGUCGUUCUCGUCGCUGGAGCGCACAAUGUCGGCGUAGUGGGUGGGUUCCCCAGGGCGAGUCCUCAGGCAGCGGGAAGGGAAGCGGUCUUCCUUGCGGGGCAGGGUGCCAAGGAACACGUCAGGUUUGUAGAGUAGUUAGCAAAGGUGCAGGUUCGGGAACCCAGGGCGAAGGAAAGGCUCCCUUGUUGUGGAGCAAAGGUCACGUCUUUGGAAGGUCAUGUGUUUGAGACAGGGUGUGAGGUUGUAAAAAGAGGUCAACUGGUCAGAGGUCAAGGUCAAUCCAGGCAGUGAGGGAUCCCUGGCAGACGGCAGGUAUGGAAUAUGGGGGUUUGGGCACUGCCGCAGCGUAAUGCAGCGCGUUUCAAAGCCUGAAAACAGAUAAUCACAGAAGGCGUUGCGUAGGUCAGCCUAAACAGACUGCAUCUGACUUUAAUUUGCUUGUGUUGUUGUUGUGGUGUGUUGUGUUGUAGUGCACGGCACGCUCGGAUACAACUGAACAAUCAAAAGCUUAGCCCUAACGACAGAGGACUGACUAAGAGGUUCGGCACAGCAGGUGCAUCAUAGAUAAUUAUAAGCCUGUGCCUGUCAGCCCUAAGACUUUAGACACGCAGUGUGCAGCAGGCUAGUCAGGCAUGAUCAUGGCAUCUUUGAUAGCACGGCGAGCUAACAGUUUCGAACAGGUAGUGCAGAUACUGAGGCUCUAACAAACGCUGAUUUCGCAACCUGAGCUUCUUGUGCGUACAAGAAACUCUGUUAAAGUUAUUUUCAAGAUUUGAGUCGGAG